AUGCUGCGGCAGUAUAUCAACAUGUCCUGCCAGGACGAUGAGCCAGACGCAGGGGCCAGGCAGCUGCUCGGGGGCAAGCCUGGCCCGAAGCCGCCACCGAAAUCCAGGGCGGGCGGGGGCACCUCGCCGCUGCACCUCGCCUCCUGCCGGGGGCACGUGGGCGUCGUGCACGAGCUCUUGAGCGCUGGUGCUGACGCUACCAGGGGGGACCAGUUCGGCUACUCCGCGCUUCACCUCGCAGCGAAGCACGGUUUCCCGGACGUGAUCUCGGAGAUGCUCUCCUUCAGCGCGGUGGACGUCAACCUCUUGGACGACAACAGCGAGACGGCGCUGCACACGGCCGCCCGCUACGGCAAGACCAAGUGCUUGUCCCGCCUGCUCGAUCACGGCGGCGACGUCGGGGUCCUGUCCAAGUCCGGUCGCCGGGCGAAGGAUGUCGUGGGACAAGCUCAGGACAAGCACGGCCGGCAGUCGCUGCCGCACAACGCGACGCAGCUGGCGGCGGCGGCGGCGGUGGCGGGCCCUACCGGCGGCGGCGGUGGCGGCGGAGCCUCAUGCCGGAGGUCCGCGAGCUACAGCAACAGCAGCCUGCCCCCGGCGCAGCUGCCGAGAGACAGAUGCGCGGAGGCGAGGAUCCGGCGCCUGCUGAGCCGCGCGGCGACUGCGGCGGCUGCGGGAAGCAGAAGUAAGGGCGAGUGGAUGUGGCCUGCUGCAGGAGCUCCUGCUGAUGCCACAGCAGCUGCUGCUGGUGUUGCUGCCGCGCUUGCUGUCGACGGCUAUGAUAGCGGCGGUGCCAUCACCAUUGACGAUGCUCGUGACCGCAGUGACGAUGUCAGCAGCGGUACUGCUUCUGCUGCUGCUCCUGCUGCGGCUGCCGUCCGGAGCAACGACGACGACGACGGCAGUGCCGCCGCCCUUGCGGAGGGCGCCGCUGAUGAUGCCGCCGGAGGCGGUGAUGGCGGCGGCGAUAAAGACCAUCUGGCCGGCAACCACCAGGCCAGAAAUGGGGAGUCGGCAGCAAGAGAACCACCACCGCCGCCGCCCUCAUGUCCGGCGGCAAGAGCCGGAUCCGCUCCGCGGCGGCCGGAUUCCGCUGCGGUGGCUAGCUCGGAGAGAGGAAGGUGGGCAGCAGAAGAACAGGCUCCGUGCAACGGGAAAUCGGGUUCUGUUGUUCCCGGAGCCGCCGCUGCCGCCGCCGCUGCUGCUCCUCCCCCUGUUGCCGACGAAGCCGGUGCCGUCGAGAGCGACAGCGAGGGCGCUUUAGCUUCUCCUGCUGCUGGCAGUAGUAGUAGUAGUAGUAGUAGUAGUAGUAGUAGCGGCGCGGACGCGGCUGCCGGCGCUGAUGCAGCCGCUGGCGGGGCCAACGGGCCGGCAGAAAACGGGGCUAGGAGUCGGGGGGGUACCGCGUGCUCGAAAAAAGGAAUCCCCCCCGCUGCCGGAGGUGUCGCACGGGUGGAUAGCGGCAAGGAAACGAGGUUUGCGAAUGGUGUGUGCAUGUGCGACAAUAGAGCUUAUUCCGGAGGUGCAGAUGAAAGCAGCGAUCGCGUGGUGGAAGGGGCGGACAGCAACGGCGUGGCUGCGGCGGCGGUGGCGGAGGAGGCGUUACAGCCGCCUCUGCGUGGGCUAAACUUGCGGCGGCUCGUGAAGGGCAGGGGUGGGAGGGGCGACAAAAACGUGUGCAAGGCGAUCGAAAGGUGAGGGUCGAAUGCGUCCGGACGCAAGGCUCUCACAGCAGUUAUCAUCAGUGGAAUUGAUGCUGACGAGCAUGUCUUGAGUAUUUGACCCAACGCGAUUGAUUGGCACGGGAAUCAUCACGGUGUGUCCGGGUGCACCGCAGCGGCACAAUAUCAUGCGGUGUUGCCGUGGCAUCGGUCUGUUCUCGGCGUGUACCCUCUUUGUAUUGACUGCUGUUGCGCUAAACAUGUACCACUAGCUAAUGCUGUAGUACUGUAGUACUGAUGUGCAGAUUGUCUGGUGUAUCAAACGUGGUAGAUUGUCACCAAGAAUAGGCGGGACACUUGCAAAGCUCUGCGCUCUGAUCUUGUCAGAUCGCAGUCACGACUCCUUUCACUCGGCGAUAAUAAGCCUCAGAUUGGAUCCGACAAGCCGUCCUUUUUGCGUAUGCAUACUAAAAGGGGUACUCAGACUUGCCAACUCAACCGAACAGAAGUGUUGGAUCAGGGCCACUCAAUCUUGCAUGGCAUCACUUCUAGUCGUUUACCAUGAUUCCGCAGGACUGCGUGUAUUAAGGAAGGUUAUCCUCAACCUUUGGCAUCUCAUGCUUCUGCUGUGUAGCAUCACCCACUGUACACUGUUGAAACGCGUGAGCGUCAGUGUUGACAGCUUACCUGCUAUCCUGGAGGUUGAUUGCUUGUCUCUCAAGGUGUUUACUUUUCCCGCCUGUUUUCUACGAAGUUGGUGAAAUCCGUUUUGGUUUGUUCUGGGGUAUUGGCAGACUGCGGUGCCCUCCCCCCCCCCUCCAUUCUCUGUUAUCUCAUUCCUCUUCAUGCCCCCUCCCAGCCGCCAAUCUUCCUACCUUUUUUCCCUCUUUCCUCGCCCCCCCGUUAUUGUCAAAAACACGCGCACACCGCCUCCAGGCCGCUUCCAUCAAUGUAGAUGCUCUCUUUGACGAUCGCUGCGUGCUUCAGCGUUUUAUUGCACAUUGCCGCGGUGCGCCUGCAUGGCUAGCCGCCGACGGACUCAAACGAGAGAGAGCUGGCAUGUUGUGAUGAUUGUGGGUGUUUAGUAAGACGGUAGCAUUGGCCGCUCCGUGUGUUGGGGGGGAGGGUCAGCUACAGGCUCGUGUGUUUUGAAUGUGGUUGGUCCACGUUAAUCGGUUUCCCGUGGACCGUGCUAGUCUCUCGUGUUGAUUUCGGAGAUUCAUUUCGGAGAUUCGGGUCUGAUUUCGCAGAAACUUCGGACGGCUUUGCUAUUCCCCGCCCGGCCACCCAGGUCUAUCCUCGUUGUCUAUAGCCAGAUCACGUCAAGGUGUAGGGCCGGAAUUGGCCUCAGCGUAGACCUUUCUGCUAUGGUUGAAUGUGUACAUGAUUGAACUUUGUUUGGGAACGAUCUGCUCCUGUGGUUACAGCUUGUGUGUUUCAAUCCCUGUGUCAAAUGUGAAAAUUCGCUCUCUCGUUACGCCAGUGUGGCGAUGCUGUGUUGGUCGUUGUGGUGAUGGAGCGAGGGGGGUGUCUCAUAGUCGAGCAUGCCGUAGUCGUUUGACCAUUGACCCAUCAUCCCUACAAAGCAGGGACGGAGCACGCCGGGUUCUCACCGGACCAGGCUCUAGGAGGGGUGUGUGUGCUGUUUCAUGCGAUGCGCGUCCUAUGGUCCUACCUCGCGUUAGUUCGGUUGCUCUUCUUGAGUAUUGUUCGCGUCUUCCUGUUGAAGUGUUUUUGUAUAGCAAGCUAGACAGAGAUGACGCGAGCUACAUGGUAAAUCCUUCAGGAAAACGGAACGUUGUCGUACGACGGAACAUAUUGCCGUCCGUCGCUGGAGAGAACAGGGUGGGGUUCUAGAUUCGGCGCGAUGUUUUCAAGUCCGUGGCACAUUUCCAGGGCUUAUAGCAAGCUCCAGGGCCGUGUCCAAUGAGUCGCGACACCACUGGAGCGCCCGCAAUCCUUCCUUGAUGCCGUGUUUUUUCGCUGUUCUCUCGAAGAAUAGACAUCUAGCAGCGGCAUUUAUUUGUUGCAGCUGCCACGGCGCGAUUGUAAAUGGAUGUGUUGCUGUGAUGGAUGCGAAAUGGCUUCCCGAGAGAGAGGAACGCGGCAUUUCCACCGCAUACAGAGGGUUUUAUCCCCGAAGCAGGUGGUCGCUUCUUUUUCGUCCGGCAAAUAGAUAAAAAGAGCCAUGAAUUUGGUCCCUGAUUGUCGUUUAGAGACCGCGUGAUUUCUUUCCGGAGAUGGGCUAGGUUUCAACGCGCAUGAUGCUCGGCUACGAGGUAGUGCUAGUGGUGCUGCUUUUAAGACCCAGUGCGCCGGGCUUGGGCGCCACCUCGGCAUCCCUCGUAUGCUUGUCGCAAAAGCCUUGAAAGGACCUGGACUUUGUUGCCUGGCGUGGUUUUCGGGGUGAGUGGGGGUCUUAGAAUGGCCGUGGUGGGCGGCUUGUGGUGGGCAUCGAUUGCUUGCGGCGUGGUCAGUGUGUGUGUGUUGUGUGUGUGUGUGUGUGUGUGUGUGUGUGUGUGUGUGUGUGUGUGUGUGUGUGUUUUGACGUGUUGACGGGGGGGGGUUGCGACCCUUUACUGUAGGUGGGUGUCUUCUGGACUAGAUCUGAUUGGCACACGUAUCGUGUGCCAUUCCUACCACCACUCCUGUUGCUAUACUGCAUGUCUUGGGCAAUUGUUCGUUUUUUUUUAUGUAGAGGCGAGCUCGCGGCGACCUUGCUGCCCGAGCUCAUGUUUGUUUGCGACAGAAAAGAGUGUAGGCAGGGCGGCGGUAUUGACCCCCCCGCCGGUGACGCCUUCGUUCUAAAUGGAGGCUGCGUUGUUUGGUUGGACAUGCAUUGAGCCGUGCAUUCAUAUCGAAUGGCGAGGAGAGUUGGUUGUACUUCAUUGCUGUACCACUAUGCUGCCGUUUCUAGAUUUCCGACGGCAGGAAACGAGGAAAGAGGGGAAGGACGAAGGCUUGGCCGCCGCUGCAGCGCUUCUUUCCUUCUUCUGAAAACGCCUGCUUGGGCGGGAAGUCGGAUGGGAGGGGGGGUGGGAGGGGUCUUGUGAUGAUGCGGCACCCCUGUUUUUUUCCGUGACGGGAGUAAAAAACUUGAACUUUCUUUUUUUGGUUGUCUGCCGAUGAACUGGCACAAUUUUUAUCGCUGCGCGGACUCGUUGUGUCUUUUUUUGGUGUGGUUAGGUGCUUGUUCUUUCCUUCAGUUCUUAAAUUUGGCAUUUUCAUCAUCAAACCCCGUCUGCCGGGCGUUGCGGACCACCUCCUUUCCCAAGGGCAACGUGUGGGUUGUGGCAAAUGUGUGUCAAGAAUAUUCUUUGUCGUCCCUAAAUUGCGUGCCAACAUACUGGGUGAUGAUGCCCCGGCAUUAUUUGUACUUCGACCUAUUU